AAAAAAAUUUUUAAUAAAAAAACUAAAGAUUAGAUAAAGCUAAUUGUAAAAAAAAUAUAAACUGAAUAACCUUUUUAUAAGUAGGAACUAACUAGUUAUAUAAAACUGGAGAGUAAUUAACAGAUGAGAAUAAUAUCUUUCUUAACUGGGGUAAAUAUUAUAUUACUUUGUUUUAACCUAAUGAUUAUUAUAAAUUACUUCAUAGAUUUAACAGCUAUUUGUUCGGGAGGUUGCUUCAUUGACCAUUUUUUUAAAAAUUAAUUAAGAGUUCUAUUUUUUCUAUUUAUUGUUGAUUGUUUUCUAUUGCUUUUAUACUUUAAGGCUUCUCUUCACAUAAAAAAAUUAAAUUAAGCUGCAACUGAGUAUACGUUAAUUACUUAGAGUAGGUUUAUAUACAGAACAUUAAAAACAAUAACAAUGCUUGUUUUAGUCUAAAUAAUCUUACUUAUCAUAACUAAUAUUUAGUAAAAAAAUGAAGCAGAUGAACUCUAGAGUAUUGAUUGCUCAAAUAAUACAGAUGCUGACUAAUGCUCAUUUGUAAGUGCAAACCAUUCAGUGAUUACUACUGGAAAAAUAUUGAUGAUAGUUUUUAUAGUUUUACAUGCAAUUUUGUUUAUUUGUGGAUAUAGAAUGCUUUAUAUUCCUUCUUAAAGAGUUUAAUAAAAUUCAGAAGAUAGAAGUUCUGAAUUAAAUAAUAACUAAGUAAAUAAUAACUAAAUAAAUAAUAACUAAAUAAAUAAUAUCUAAAUAAAUAGUAUCUAAAUAAAUAAUAUAUAAUAGUAAAAGCAUGUAAAUGCUAUUGUAGCUCUACCUACAUAAGAUUAAGAAAGAAAUUUGAUAUAAGGAUAAAAUUUAGAUUAAAUGCCUCCAAACGGAAUAUUUUCUUAUAAGCCAUCUUAAAAUCAAAAUCAAUAGAAAUAGUAAAAUCAAUUAUAAAUUGGAGAAGCCGUUUUAUUAUGA